AUGGAGGAGAUCCGGCCGACCCACGCUCGCCGACCGCCGAUCUCCGUCUACCACAAGUUCAAAUCCGGCGACUGGGCGAUUGCCGGUCUCAGCCUGGAUGUACGCCAGAAAUAUCGUAUAUAUACGCUUAAUCAUAAAGUUGAUGGAGUUGUGUUGACAAAUGCUCCACGGAAUGCCAAAUAUACAUCACCCCAAAUUCAAAAAGAAAUUUUGCAUAUCUUUGCAACUAAAGUACGAGAUGUGAUUCGUAAAGAAAUUGGGGAUGCUAAAUUUUGCAUUCUUGUUGAUGAAGCUCGGGAUGAGUCAAAAAGGGAGCAAAUGGCAAUCAUUUUGAGAUUUGUUGAUAAAGAUGGUUUUAUUCGAGAGAGAUUCUUUCAUAUUGUCCAUGUCAAAGAUACUACUGCAUUAACUUUAAAAAAGAAGAUAUGUGAUGUCCUUUCUUGUAACGACCUCAAAAUUCAGAAUAUUCGAGGUCAGGGAUAUGAUGGAGGUAGUAAUAUGCGUGGAGAAUGGAAUGGGCUACAAGCUUUAUUUCUUAGAGAAUGUCCAUAUGCAUAUUAUGUGCAUUGCUUUGCUCAUAAGCUACAAUUAGCUUUGGUUGCAGCAUCUAGAGAAGCAAAAUCUGUUCAUCAAUUCUUUGAGAAUUUGAAUUUUAUUAUCAACAUUGUUGUUGGUUCUUCAAAACGCAAUGAUGAAUUGCAAUCUGCUCAAGUUGCUGAGAUUGAAAGUAUGAUUGCUUCUAAUGAAAUUGAGACUGGAAGGGGGGCCAACCAAAUUGGUACUUUGCAACGACCUGGAGAUACUCGAUGGUCUUCUCAUUUUAAUUCUGUUUGUAGCUUGAUAAGAAUGUUCCAUGCUACUUGUUCAGUUCUCGAGACUAUCUCAAAGGAUGGAACCAAUUAA